AUGGUACAAGUUCUCGGGUAUAAUAACAAGAUGGGAUCAAAAGAAGAAGCAGGGAAGCUAGAGUGGAGGAUAAGUGUAGACAAUGGGACAACAGAGAGACUGGUUCCUAAAUCGGGAGUAAGUAAAAGGAUCAUUCUUUGGCUAAAUGACUUGGUAAUGAAGGUACUCGUGGAGCCAAUGGCAAAGUUUAUGAGGAUGGCUUGGAGGAUUGGAGCUGAUGAUCCGGCCAAAGUGGUUCACUGUCUGAAAGUAGGACUUGCACUCUCGUUAGUCUCAAUCUUCUAUUACAUGAGACCUUUGUAUGAUGGUGUUGGUGGAAAUGCUAUGUGGGCUAUCAUGACUGUUGUCGUCGUCUUCGAGUCCAAUGUUGGUGCAACAUUCUCCAAAUGUGUGAACAGAGUGGUGGCAACUAUAUUAGCUGGAUCACUAGGCAUUGCUGUUCAUUGGGUUGCGACACAAUCAGGAAAAGCUGAGAUUUUUGUGAUUGGAUGCUCUGUUUUUCUCUUUGCUUUCGCAGCUACGUACUCACGGUUUGUGCCGUCAUUCAAAGCCAGAUUCGACUAUGGAGCAAUGAUCUUCAUCCUCACAUUUAGCCUUGUCUCAGUAGGAGGUUACCGAGUAGACAAGCUAGUUGACUUGGCUCAGCAAAGAGUAUCAACUAUUGCGAUUGGAACAUCUAUUUGCAUUAUCAUUACUGUCUUCUUCUGUCCCAUCUGGGCAGGAUCUCAGCUUCAUCGUCUUGUUCAACGUAACCUUGACAAACUUGCCGAUUCAUUAGACGGCUGUGUAGCAGAGUACUUCAAGAAGAAAGACGUCUCGACGAAUGAGAUUGAAGAUGAAGAAACCAACAUGAAGCUGCAAGGAUUCAAAUGUGUACUAAACUCUAAGGGAACAGAGGAAUCCAUGGCGAAUCUAGCUAGAUGGGAACCUGCACAUGGAAGCUUUAACUUCCGGCAUCCAUGGCAACAAUAUGUAAAGAUAGGUGCUGCUAUGCGCAGAUGUGCUUAUUGCCUUGAGAAUCUCAGUAUCUGCAUCAACUAUGAAACAGAGGCACCAGACCAGGUCAAGAAGCAUUUCGGAGAAGCUUGUACGAAAGUGAGCUCAGCGUCUUCAAAAAUCUUGAGAGAAUUAGCGGAUAUGAUGAAGAACACCAGAAAAUCUUCCAAGAUGGAUUUUUUGGUGUUUGAUAUGAACUCAGCAGUACAAGACCUUCAAGAAACCUUAAAAACUGUUCCAAUUGAAACCAACAAACCUGAAGAAGAAGAAGAAGUUCCAUCCGAAGAGAAGAACAAAGGAGACAGCGAAGACAGAACCAUGUCCAUGAGCCUACAUGAAGUCCUUCCGGUUGCCACUUUGGUUUCGUUGUUAAUCGAAAACGCAGCUAGAAUUCAAACAACCGUGGAAGCAGUCGAUGAACUCGCAAAUCUUGCAGAUUUCAAACAAGAUUCAAAAAAGAAAACCGGAGACAACAACACUAAACAACCACCACUAAUAAAAAGCAAAGUUAUAAACCCAAAUCUUGAUAAUGUUGAAUCCUUACAGUGUCACCAUAGCAAACAAGAGAAUGAGAUUAAGGAGAAGAGCAAAGAUCACAACUCCACACAUUGGCCAAUCUUAUGUACAUACAAUUCCACGAACGCAAUAGAAUCUGUCUUCACCUGGAAACGCUGGUGCCAAAAGCUUUCACCUUUUCUUGAUGGUCUUAAUGCCGAGGUUCAGAGCCAAAUCCUCAACGGGAACCUUGAUCACGUCGCUUCUAACGCCGAUAUCAGUAGCAUACCUGCUCAUACAGUACAUCCCAGCAGUGACUGUUGCUACACCAACAGGGUUUGGGAUCAACAACGUGAGAGCGAGAGGAGCGCCAAGAACGGAACUGGCUUGACCGCUUCUUCCGACGCCAAUGAGCAACCCCGUCUUGCAGUAAAGAGCGAAGUCUUCGCAGUUGUUUUGGAAGACGUCGUAGUGACCAAACCCGUUCUGGAGAAGGUGCAUUGCUCUGUGGACAACCGUUUGAAGCGGGUCAGAUGGAGCGGUCGUGCAGGUGCCACCGCGGAUUCUGGUGAGGAAAACGGACGAGGUGACUCCGUAUUCGAAACGGUAGAGAGAGCCGUUCUUGAGGAAGCAGUCGAGGCAAGAGAGUACUACUCCACUGACAGGGAGCUUCUGAAGAAUCAUAAACAUCUGAAACUGAAGACGAAGAAGACGAAGACGAAGAAGCAGAAGAAGCAGAGGGUGUGGGAGAUUUCAGGCUCUGCUCAGGUUUGA